AUGGAGUACAGGCAAAAGUCGGCGCGGCUUCCAAAGUCAGCCGAAGAGAAGUCACGGUGGCGGCGUGUCAUCGUCGUUCUCGAACACUGCCCCCUCGCCGUUGUGCGCACGGAGUACGGCUUCGAGUUGCUGUCCGAGAAACACCGGCAGUAUCACGCACGCAACAAGCAAGACCCUGCUGAGUGGCGACCAGACGUGGUGCAUCAGGCUCUCCUGCACCUUAUGGACUCCCCGCUGAACCGUGCCGGUCUCUUGCAAGUGUUCCUGCGGACAAAAAAAGGCGUUGUCAUUGCCGUCGAUCCACGCCUGCGUGUGCCACGGCAUAUUCGGCUUUUUGAAAAGAUGAUGGUGGUGUGUCUGUACAAGAUGAAGGUGCGGGCGGCACAUGGGCAUAUUUCGCUGCUGCGUGUGGUGAGGAACCCUGUCACAGACCACAUACCGCCCAACUGCACGUUGUUUCGCGUGGAGCGGGACGGAGACAGUGUCCCGGAUCUCUACGCCUUCUGCGCCACAUGCGGUGUUGCCGACGGGGACGCCACAAAGAAGCGUAAAGUGGAGACAUUUGCGGCAGGUGAGGCCGCGCCAUCCCAUUUUGCGCAGCACCACAGUGAGGCCGCCGAGGCACGGAAGUUUUAUCCGUUUGCAUUCAUUAUUGGUGGUAUGUCGAAGGGCGAUGUUGAGGCGCCGUACGCUCCGAAAGGACAGGUGAAAAGCAUCCGCAUCAGCGACAGGGGGAUGUCCGCGGCGGCUGUUUGCAGCGCCAUCACACACGCCUUUGAGGAUGAGUGGCUUCGUGAUGACAACGAGACGGAGUAG